UCUCGAGCCGCCCUCCCGCAUCGCCGAAUCACCGCAUCCGAGAUGUCUCCUGCUCGCUUCUUGAACAAGGCUACCGCCGUCUCCAAGCGCUUCGCUUCCACCACCCCCUCGGCCGAGGCCAUCAAGAACCAGGCUGCUGGCGUCGCCAAGAAGGUCAACGGUAUCGUCGACCCUCUUGUCUACUACGGCCGCGUUGGCGUCGAGUUCGUCAGCCAGGUCUUCACCCACGCCAAGGUCACCAUCCCCAACCCCGCCGCCUUUGGCGAGGCCUCGCAGGGCAUCACCAACUUUGUCCAGAGCUUCUCCAGCGGCACCUGGAAGAAGAUCACUGUCAAGGACCUCAAGGCCUUUGUUUCCCACGGCAUCCAGAUUGUUGGCUUCUUCGCCGUUGGCGAGAUGGUUGGCCGACGCUCGGUCAUCGGCUACGACAUCCCCGGCAACGACGCCCACGGUGAUCACCACUAAAUUAAUGCUACCGAUCUGGCGGUAACCGUCGUUUGCAAGUGAAUAAAUGCCACUCUUUUCUCCUCCCUCC